GAGGCGGCAGCUGCCCGCCUUUUUCGCCUACUGACAGCUCGCUGUCGCUCGGUGGCCGUCGGUGCUCGAGGGAGGGCGGCCGCUGCCGCGCUCGUUCCCUUUUGCCUCGCCGCCGCGGCUGCAGCAGCAGGCGGGGAAGCGCUCCUCGCCGCUCCGCCUCCGAUCGCCGCCCGCUGCGGGGAUGUGUGAUUGCCAUGGCGAGGCGGCUCUUCCCGGGGGCCUGGCUCAGGAAACCCCACUAUGCGCAGGUACGUUUCUCAUAUAUGCGGAUGAAGUAUCUCUUCAUCUCUUGGUUAGUAGUAUUUGUUGGCAGCUGGGUUAUGUAUGUUCAGUACUCCACGUACACAGAACUAUGCAGAGGACAUGACUGUAGGAAAAUAAUAUGUGAUAAAUACAAGACUGGAGUUAUUGAUGGGUCAGCAUGUAGCAGUCUUUGUGCAAAGGAAACACUGUACUUUGGCAAAUGUUUGUCAACAAAGCCCAAUAACCAGAUAUAUUUAGGAAUCUGGGGAAAUCUGCAAGGUGUUAUAAAAUGCCAGAUGGAAGAAGCUGCUCAACUUGAUUUUGAUAAUGACCCAGAACCAAGGAAGGAAAUAAUCCUGUUUGAUAAACCAACAAGAGGAACCACUGUUGAGAAAUUCAAAGAAAUGGUAUAUGGUCUUUUUAAAGCAAAAUUGGGUGAACAAGGAAAUCUUUCAGAACUGGUUCAUCUCAUCCUAUCUUUUGCUGAUGGAAACAAAGAUGGUAGAGUUACUUUGCCAGAAGCAAAAUCUGUAUGGGCACUUCUGCAGCUGGAUGAGUUUCUGUUAAUGGUGAUAUUGCAGGAUAAAGAACAUACUCCCAAGUUGAUGGGGUUUUGUGGGGAUCUCUAUGUGACUGAAAGAAUUGAAUAUACCUCUCUCUAUGGAAUCAGCCUUCCAUGGAUUAUAGAACUUUUCAUUCCCCCUGGCUUCAGAAGAAGCAUGGACCAAUGGUUUACUCCAUCAUGGCCAAGAAAGGCAAAAAUAGCUAUAGGGCUUUUAGAAUUUGUGGAAGAUAUUUUCCAUGGACCUUAUGGAAACUUUCUUAUGUGUGAUACAAGUGCCAAAAACUUGGGAUAUAAUGAUAAAUAUGAUUUGAAAAUGAUGGACAUGAAAAAAAUUAUUCCAGAAAUGAAUUUGAAGGAAAUUAUUAAAGAUCGUCAGUGUGAAUCAGAUCUGGACUGUAUUUAUGGGACAGACUGUAGAACUCUGUGUGACCAAAGCAAAAUGAGAUGUACCACAGAAGUAAUUCAGCCAAACUUGGCAAAAGCCUGCCAGCUACUUAAAGACUAUCUGCUUCGUGGUGCCCCUUCUGAUAUCCAUGAAGAGCUAGAAAAACAACUGUACUUGUGUAUUGCCCUUAAAGUCACAGCAAAUCAGAUGGAAAUGGAGCACUCUUUAAUACUUAAUAACUUAAAGACUUUACUGUGGAAGAAAAUUUCCCACACAAAUGAUUCUUAAGUUUUUCCACCAGCAGAGGAUAAUAUCAAUUCCUGCCACUAGAGGUGGCCUACAACAUUUGAUAAAAACAAUCUGCAGCAUUUUUUUAAGGAUGUUUCGUUACUCACUUCCUGAAUGGCUCUUAACACUUGCCCUUCAGUCAGUACCUUAUGGUAGGACUUCUCAAAGAGCAUACCACUGAAUGAUUAGGCAGAGGCCAGAAGCACUUCCAGUGCUCCAGUGCUGUGUUAAAGAAACAAAAACCUUGCAUGCUUGACUGUUCUGUGCACUUUGUCAGAUCUUGAACAGGAUGAAAGUAUUCACUGUGCCACUGCAUCAGCUGAUGGAACAGCUUACAAUUCUGUGAAAAUCACUGCUCCUAUGAAAUACUUACGAAAGAUUUUUUAAAAUAAGUAGUUUUAUGAAGCACCACCACUGCUGCAAACAAUGUGUCUGAGUCCAGGCUGCUGUUGUGAAUAAAGAACUGUGAGAUUGAAGUUUACCAAUACCUUGGGCAUGGCAGAAUUUGCACAUUAGUAUUUUUUUAAACUGUGGAAAAAUCAGAAUUUUGUUCUAGAACUGAAAGGUUGUAAUAUAAGACAAAUUAUUGUUUACACCUUGUUACCUCAUGCUUACAUUUUGAAUGUUUAAGUAGUUCAACUCUUCUUAAUUAAGUCCUUAUACAGUGAGCCAUGGUGGGAGCCAAGAAUUUUGAGAGUAUGUUAUUUCUUUAAAUACUGUAUAGAGCCUAGUGGAAAUAGUAACAUCCAUUUCACAAACUGUGGACUAUACUUCAGUUAAAACCUUUAACCUAAAUUAUGUCGAAGCAAAUACCGAAACAAAAGGAGUUUGUGGACUAAGCCAUUGUAUGAGAAACGAAGGGAAUUUCUAGAAACAGUGAAA